AUGCGUUACAUAAUUGCAAUUUUGCUACUCUGCAUUCUAGCUGUUAUUACUCAAUGCUCUCCAAUUGUUACAGCAGCAACCUCCCACCAGGUAGAAGAAUACGGUUUGAAUGAUCGCUUCGGCGAAGGCUUUCGUCGAUAUGGUGGUAACAACGACGACAUCGGAAUUAAUGCAAAUAUUCGUCUUGGUCCAGUAAAUAGAGUUCUUAACACAUUUGGAAUAGUGGAUUGA